AUUAGCUAACCAUGUCGUUACGUGUUGUCAAAUAACAAUUCUCAUACAGGUGAGGUAGUAGUCGAGUUUCGUAUGAAGGUAACUAUUCGAUGUCAAGGAAUUACAAUCUUCACCUAUACUCUAAGCUCUCCAACAGAACUAUGUCGUCCAUUUGUUUGUCCAACAAAGUCGAUGUCGCACCUGAUGACAGACACACACUGGACACCACCGACAUUGACAAGAGCCAGUCCAACAAUCUACCAUACGACAGACAAACGGAAUCACCCAGUCGGACCUUCACCCCCACGCCGUCCGCGGUUCGAUUCGCUGAAGGCGACGGCCCGGAUGAUUCGAGAUCCGAACACAAACGGCGCAUGUCCGUCGCGCCAAGACUGUCAGUCUUUGAGCCAUCAAACGCCGCGGAUAUCGUCAGGAUAAAGAAAACGUACGGAGCUCAGGUGAACUUAGGCUACAAGAUCCCGAAAAACUGGAACUGGAUUGGGGGGACGAAGGAGUUCACCACGGUCAACCUGUACAGGCAGCUAGCCACGGAGUUCUUCGGGACGUUUCUCUUGGUUUCCAUGGGGUGUUCGGUGUUGAACCCGUUUAAGGAGCAGGGAACUGACGCGGCCCUGGACAUGUCAUCUAUCAUGCUGAGCUGGGGCUUUAUCGUGGCCAGCCUAGUGUGGACCAUCGCCCACGUCAGCGGCUGUUUCCUUAACCCGGCGGUCACCAUCUCCAUGUUUGUCAACAAAAGGAUCCCUCUAGCCAGGUGUUUGGCGUACAUUUGUGUGCAGGUACCUGCAGCUAUUUGUGGUUCAGCAUUUCACACCUGGAUUCGGGGCAAUAAGUUAAACACCACCUGUCAAACCCUCCUGAAUCGUGAGAUGGGCGUGACCGAGUUCAAAGGUUUCAUCGUGGAGAUGUACUUGACCUUCAUCCUUCUCUUCUUCGUCUUCGCCACCACCGACAGCAACAGGCAGGACCACGGGGGGUCACACGCCCUCAUGGUGGGGGGCGUCAUCGUCCCCCUCGUCAACAUUGGCGCGGAGAUGACAGGGGCGGCCAUGAACCCAGCACGGGCCAUGGGUCCUGCCGUCAUACACGGCAACUGGGAUGCGCAUUAUAUCUACUGGUUUGGACCUAUCGUGGGCGGCGUGCUGGGAGGUCUUUUCUAUGACGUCUUGUUCUCUGAGCGUGUGGUCAGCUGGCACAGGGACACACAGAUCAACAUGACCUACGACUGACCACGGACAUGACCUACGACUGACCGCUGACAUGACCUACGACUGACCGCUGACAUGACCUACGACUGACCGCUGACAUGACCUACGACUGACCGCUGACAUGACCUACGACUGACCGCUGACAUGACCUACGACUGACCGCUGACAUGACCUACGACUGACCGCUGACAUGACCUACGACUGACCGCUGACAUGACCUACGACUGACCGCUGACAUGACCUACGACUGACCGCUGACAUGACCUACGACUGACCGCGGACAUGACCUACGACUGACCGCUGACAUGACCUACGACUGACCGCGGACAUGACCUACGACUGACCGCUGACAUGACCUACGACUGACCGCGGACAUGACCUAAGGCUUACCGUAGAGGUGACCUUCAUUAUACCCUUGAGAUGACCAUUGCCUAACUGUUGAGAUGACCUACGACUGACCAUUAACGUGACCUUCGCAUAACCAUUAUCUUGACCUUCGCAUAACCAUUGAGAUGACCUUCACCUGAGCGUUGAGAUGACCUUAAGCUUAACGGUCGAGAUGCUAUGAGCGACAAAAGCUUUUAUAAAUGAAAGCAAAUUAGUAUUAUUUUCUUAUUUUAGUGUAUUUAAAAGAUUGUUAUUAUCACGUUUUUUUUUUAAAUUAUUUAUCUUUAAUGUUCUAUAUUUAAUUUUUGUAAUUAAAAUUUCUUUAUAAUGAAAUAAAUAUCCUGU